AUGCCUUCUCAGAUCCUUUUGACGGUCAUCUUCUUUGCUUUAACUUAUGGAGCUCCUGUUGACCCUCUCGCUUCUAAUCUUGCUGGUAAGGUGGUAGACAUAUCAGGAGAAUAUCCCAUAGUUUAUGACUUUUCCCAGCUAGACUUAGUCCUAGGAGUAAAAGAUCCUAUUGGAGAGUUGGAAAUGGCUUCCUUAGCAGGCGUAAACAAGGAACCUACAGUUGAAAGAACAGAUUCUGGAACCUACCAAAUAUUGUAUAAGACGAACAAUAUAAACGACCUAAAGAAACCCAAGUAUGCUCAUCUUGCAGAAGACAAGAAUAAUGCCUUCUACUUUGUGGAUACGGGAUCUUCCAUGUAUUAUGAUGAUCGAGAAGGUCAAUGGGUCGAGAUUCAAAAGAAAGAUAAGAGUGCUGCUCCCAAAUUGAAAGAGGUACCCUAUCUGAUUCCCGUUUCUGCUUGCAUAGAUAGUCGUUAUGGAAGUGGAGGCUCGGUUACUAACCAAUACUCCAUUUCUAUUUCCAUGUCCAAUUCUGCUGGAAUUGGUGCAUCUAUCAAUUUCAUGGCUCUUCCAUUGGGUCUUUCCCUAACAAUUGCAACCAAGGUGGCUAACCUGUUAUCUAUUAGCGGACUGUACACAUGUAAUAUAGGACCCAAGCAGUAUGGUCAACUACUGAUUCUGCCCAAAAUGGUGGAAGUUCCAGCCUUGACCAGAAAGGGUUAUUACUUUGACAAGAUGGACGGCUUCGUAGCCCUGAAUCUGAAGCUCUCUGAGUUGGCUAAGUUUAAGAUACUCAGUUUGUAUCCUCCAACCCACUACUGUAUGGUGGACACUACGCCAAAGAAACUUCAAUGUGCAGCUGCUCGUGGAGAAACCAAAUUCUUUGAGUAUUAG